AUGUCGAAGCUGAACAUCGACAAUUUGAAGAAAGGCAUCGCCGGGAUCCUGGAAGGAAGUAAAGAGAAGCAGCGAAAGUUCCUCGAGACAGUGGAGCUUCAGAUCGGCCUCAAGGAUUACGACACCCAGCGAGACAAGCGCUUCGCAGGCACCAUCAAGCUUCCUCACGUGCCGCGUCCGCGCUUGAAGGUGUGCGUGCUGGGAGAUGCGGUUCACUGCGAGCAGGCGCAGCGCGCCAACAUCCCCUUCAAGAGCGUGGAGGACCUGAAGAAGCUGAACAAGAACAAGAAGAUGGUGAAGAAGCUCGCAGACAGCUUCGAUGCCUUCCUGGCAUCACAGGUGCUGAUCCCACAGAUUCCCAGAUUGCUGGGGCCCGGCCUGAACAAGGCCGGAAAGUUCCCCACUCUCGUGCAGCACUCUGACAAUCUGGAGACCAAAGUCACCGAAGUGCGAAGCCAGGUGAAGUUUCAGCUCAAGAAGGUGCUUUGCAUGGGCGUUGCAGUCGGCAACGUCGCCAUGACCCCGGAUGAGCUGAGGCAGAACUGUCUGAUGGCCAUCAACUUCCUGGUGUCGCUGCUGAAGAAGAACUGGAACAACGUGAAGAGAUUGCACAUCAAGAGCACCAUGGGCAAGCCUUUCACGAUUUACGGAUGA